AUGAGUGCUAGUGUUGCAGAUGAUCUAUCAGAAAAAGAAAUGAUUGAAUUUUCAGAGGAUGAGCAUCUCACCUUCUUUUUUAACAUAGAUCAAGUAAUUUCUCUUGUAACUUUAAGGUUUAUGGUGAGAUCCCAGGAGUUAUAUAAAAUUAUGGUACUUUUGCAUAAUCACUUUAAAUUUGUCGUUAGCUAUCAAAUCUCAUAAUAAAAAACUCUAUGGCUGAGGCAUAAGAGAGAGUAAGACUCAGAAUUAUUAAAUAAGUUUAUCCUUAGAAAUAUUCCAAUUAAUGCUAUUAGUGAAAUUGAAGCUGAAACUAAACUUUUGUUGAAUGCUAAAUUAAAUGAUGGAGGAAUUGAAGUUGAAUCUUGUGAUUUAAUUGAAGACCAAGAACCAGUAUUUAUUUAAUCUUUAAAAAGGAACCUAUCUUUUGCGAUAGAUGGAGAAGAAACAGAAUUUAGAUGAUGAUUGGUAAUUGAUAUCAUACUAAAUCAAAUAGAUCAAGAAAAUAAUGAAAAUGAACAAGUUGAUGAAAAAUCAACAACUGAUCAUUAUAGAGUUAUUUCUAAAUCUAGACUCUAUGAUACCAAAAAAACUACUAUACUCCCACCAACACCAUAACCAUAAAAUUAGAUAGAAUCUAAGAUAAUCUAAAUUUUUUAAGAAGAAUAUGAAGAUGAAUAUGAAGAAAAGUUAAGAAAUGCUAAACUCUAUGAAAUGAAAAAGAAAAAUGAAAUUGAAUAAAAAAAAAAAGAAGAUAAAUUUUAAAGUUAGGUAAUUCAUAUAUGUGUAAUCAGAGAUUGAAAAAAAGGAUGGAGGUACACAAAAGUACACUUAUGAUUUUGAUGGCAAAAUACUUUUGGCUAGAGCUGUUAAAAUGGAUAAGCUAUAACCUACCAAUCAAAAAUUGAAAGUUGAAUUUAAAGAAUCUACAAAACCUGAUCAAUAAUUACAACCCUUAAAAAAAGGAGGAAAGAGAGAUUCCAUCAAAAUGAAUAAACCAUAAUGUCCUGAAUAGGAAAUUCCAAAUAGAGUAUAUUUUUAACACAUAAGAUUUUAUAAGAGCGCAAAGAUGCCACAAAAGAAGUGAUAGGAGAUAAAGCAUUAAGAAUUGACAAAACAUCACAAUUUCCUUACGAAGUCUUCACAAUGAAUAAUGGAGUUAAAUUGUAUUUUGAGCAUAAGAUGAAGGAAGGUGUAAGACAUUAAAUUAGUGAUUCUGCUGAACAUUUAUAAAUUAAAUUAUCAGGCUCAAAUCUACUCUCAGGAGACGAUGCUUAAUAAUUUGCCUCUUAAAUCAGAUUAACUAGAGCUGAGUAUUAACUGAUAACAGAUGCCCAAACUUUAUAAGCAGCCAAAUCUUAGUUUAUGCCAAAUGAAACUAUUCAUGUCCCUGAUCAUGAAUAAUAAACUACUCAAUAAUCGAUAUUAUUAAAAAAAAAGUUAGGUGAAAUUGGAAAAACUGAGUUCCCCUAGGAUGGCAAAUAAGUUUAAUUCAAAACUGGAUCUAAUGUAUUUUAGCCUUUAAGAAAAGACGUAUCUUCCUAAUAAGCUUCAUAAACAGAAAGAAUUCAAUUAAAAAAUGUUAGAAUGAUAGAAAAUUUGAUAGUAACUGGAUUACCAGAUACACCUAAAUCAUCUAAGUAAGAACUUCCUCUGCCAUAAAUUCCAGAUGGAGGUUCAAAGUAUAUUUAAAUAUAAUUUAAUAGGAAUCCCAUUGAUGUUUUUAAUUAAUAGUUAUUGAAUCAAAAGGAGUGGGGUAAGUAAAUGGGAGGUAAGACUACUUACUUCCCUCCAGUCAAAUAGCAAAAGAGAUCAUUAGAGACCAAAGCUUAUAAAGGAUCCUUAGAAUAAAUGUAAAUUUAAUAUAUCUAAUAAAUAGGUAUAAAAUGCCAAGAGAAAGACUAGUUGCAUAAACAGGUAGAACAGCUAUGAACUUUUAUUAAUCGAAUUAAGAUGGUAAGAUAGAAUUCUAGUUUUUAGGGUUAAAGAAAAUAACAAAAUCAUUAAGUGAGGGAUUGAUGUAAACAUUUUAUACAACUCAUUCUAAAUUUAGCGAUAAACUUAGAUAAUGA